UGAAUGAACUACUUGUCUCUUGUUUCAGUGCUAAUCGUUUGACGUCACUUGUUGAUCGUUAAGCUUAUAUACAUAUAAUUUUAAGGCAGCAGAAUGAAGUUUUAGUCUUUUGGUUGUUGUUGUAUCCCAACCUCACGUGACCAACUUUCAUUGGCUUCAUUGCUAAAAUGUCGCAGUCACUGAUAGCACACAAAGACAAGCACAACAUUUCUCGCUUGUGACUUCUUCAACUCUUUAUUAGUCUUAAUUUACGAUUUGCUUUUAGCUAAUUUUUCAUUAAACAAAGCUUUAACUUUCCGAUUUGUAUGUACGCCUGGGAGCUCACAUUUCCGUCGGAGAAGUUUUAAUCCCGCCGGCGAUCGGCCGAUCCUCCGAGCACUCGAACAGAUUAAGAGGCAUCUCGCGGGGGCAAUUCGCGCUGUUUCGUUGCUUGUCUGUGAUGAAACCGCGAUCCUGUUCAGAUCUAUAGCUUCCGAUCGGAGGGGAAGCGAGAAUACCUAGAUCUUGGUUACUGAGAUUCUUCUAGUGUUUAAGAUCUGGCUGAUAUGGCGACGAGGAAUCGAACGCCGUUGUUCAGGAAGUAUAGAAACACUCUGAGGAGCGUCCGUGCUCCAAUGACGGAUAAGAUUUCGUUGCCGGGAGCUGCGAAAUCCGGCGUAGGUCCGGUGAUCGAGAUGGCGAGCACAUCUCUUUUGCAUCCGAAUCGCUCCUAUGCUCCAGUCAGUACCGAAGAUCCAGGGAAUUCGAGUAGAGGAACAAUCACAGUGGGACUACCACCAGAUUGGGUUGAUGUCUCUGAGGAGAUUUCAGUGAACAUUCAGCGUGCAAGGACCAAAAUGGCUGAACUGGGAAAGGCUCAUGCCAAAGCGCUGAUGCCCUCGUUUGGGGAUGAUAAAGAAGAUCAACAUCAAAUCGAGUCCUUGACGCAAGAGAUAACUUUCUUACUGAGGAAAUCUGAGAAGCAACUUCAGAGGCUUUCUGCAGCUGGACCUUCUGAAGAUUCAAAUGUCAGGAAAAACGUGCAGCGAUCUCUUGCUACUGAUCUCCAACACCUUUCUAUGGAGCUCCGCAAGAAACAGUCUACAUAUUUGAAACGUUUGAGACUACAAAAGGAGGACGGAUCAGAUUUAGAGAUGAAUCUGAACGGAAGCAGAUCUAGAGCAGAAGAUGAUGACUUCGAUGAUAUGUUAUUUAGUGAGCAUCAGAUGAGCAAGAUAAAAAAAAGCGAGGAAAUAUCGGUAGAGAGGGAGAAAGAGAUACAACAGGUUGUUGAUUCCGUCAACGAGCUUGCUCAGAUCAUGAAGGAUCUUUCCGCGCUUGUGAUAGACCAGGGUACGAUAGUUGAUCGGAUUGACUAUAAUAUCCAGAACGUUGCUAGUACAGUUGAAGAUGGUCUCAAACAGCUGCAAAAGGCAGAACGUACACAGAGAAAUGGAGGUAUGGUUAUGUGUGCGUCUGUUCUUGUCAUCCUCUGCUUCAUCAUGCUAGUACUCUUAAUCCUCAAGGAGAUUUUCUUGUGACCCAAGAGAAAGGAUGAUCCCUCAUUCUUUAAUUCUUUUAUAAUGGGAACAUCACAUUUUUGCGUCGCCGAGUGUUCUGUAUCCACCAAAUGGUCUGAAGAUAAAGUCGAUCUGUGUUUUCUCUCUUGCUCCUUCGCUUUGCUGCAGCGAUUUUUGUUUUUUCCCUUUAUAUUUUACAUUCUUAUCUCACUGUAUUAUCAAAACAUAGUUCUCUCCCGGGGUUUCACAUUAGACAGUGUCACUAUUGUAUUGAGUGUUUGUAACUUGGAUUUUGACGAGUUAUAAUGGUCUCUUUACAUGUAAAGAAGAUAUUAAA